AUGCAUCUAACGAUGAAACUGUCACUGAUGGUGGCGCUCCUGCUGGCGAGCACGGCCGGCCACCGGUUGCCCCUGUCGGACUCGAUUCUGGACAUCAUCAACACGCGGCACGUCGAGCAGAUACUGGCCGAGCGGCGGGCGAAUGCGUCGCGCGAGCACGAGAAGCGUUACAUGGUUCAGAACGACCUGGACGAGGACGUCACCGAGGACGGGGCCGACCUGUACCAAACGCCCGAGGUGGCGAUCGAUUUCGACUUCAACGGACGCCGCCAAGGUGGUGGCCGACCGCACCACCACACGCUGCCACCGUACAACGAGUCCAGUGAGGGUGGCCACCAUUACCACCACCAGCCGCAGAGUCAGCAGGGGCAGGGUCAGCAGUCGGAUCUGCUGACCGACAUGCACGCGUACCGCGGCGACAAGCUGCUGAAGUCGAGCAAGAAUGCACUUCUGGUGACGCGCAAGGAGUAUCUGAAGAAGGACUGGUGCAAGACGGAACCGCUGGUGCAGCGGAUCCGCGAGGAGGGCUGCCUCAGCCGGACGAUCGUCAAUCGGUUCUGCUACGGCCAGUGCAACUCCUUCUACAUCCCCAAGUCACCGAAGCGCAGGCGCCACGGCGGUGGCGGUGGCGGAGGCAGUGGCGGCGGAGGCAGCAAACCCACCCCCGGGAGCUACUCGGUCGGGCACCACCGGAACCAUUCGCCGCGCGACUAUCGGGAGCGGGAGGUGGACCUAGACUUCGAGGACGAGGACUUGACGGGUCCGUCGUUCCGUUCGUGCGCCUUCUGCAAGCCGAAGAAGUUCACCUGGGUGACGGUGACCCUGCGCUGCCCCUCGCUCGUGCCCCAGCUGCGCCGGAAGCGCAUCCAGCGCAUCAAGCAGUGCAAGUGCACCGCCGUCCCGCUCCACUAG